CUGCAGUUCUUACACAUCGCUUACAUCCUUCAGGUACAUCCCUCACUGCCGCAAGCACUUACGCACACAAAAGAGCGGCCCCAGGAUGCCACGGUCCAAGGUGAAGCCGAGGGUUAAGAAGCAUAAAGGAACAGUAUCCAGCCUUCAAGCCACAGGCAAAAACCAUCUUACACUGCAACAAGAAGCACGCAACACAGAGGGCCGCAGUUCACGAAGGGUAGACACCUCUCUUCGCCACCACGUGAUACAAUUCGUCAGCGCAGGAAACACGCCAUCAGAUUUAGAUCAAGAAAAAAGUCCACGGCCUCCAGAACCUCUUUACAAACCCCAGGAUCUGUCAAAUGUAGAGUCAUCUGAUGCUGUCACGAUUUCAAGCCUAUCAUUUGCAGUUGACCAUGACCAAUGCCACUUCGAACUGCCUGAGGAAGAUCUCACUCCUAGAGCCACAUCGGACAUAGCCACAUCAUGGUCUCCGAAUACAGAUGACUCCAGCGAGGACGAGGUGGUUUUCUCGGGGCGCCGAAAUCAGGUCGCCGAGCACACUCAUAGAGGAUCAGUGUCGAUAUCCGUCGCCAAGUGUGCAGACAUACCCAGCCCCGCCGACGACAAAAGGCGCACACUCCCUCCUGAUAUAUGCCCCGAAAGUGUCCCACCGUUCAGACCCGACAUAGCUCCAGCAGAGGAGUCCUCGGUUGGACAGGGACUGGGUGAAUGUCCAGAUUAUAUCAGUCUCAAGGUCAAAAGGACACAGAAGAAGGAGAAGACGAUUCGGAGGCAUUCAACGACAGACGAAGACGCUGUCCUAGCUGAUUAUAUCGCAAACAUGGAUGAUGAAUAUUCUAUCCUGCAGGGCGGACGCAGCCAGGAUAGAGGUUCUGAAGCGUAUACCAUGGUGAAGACAGGUCAUUCACCACGUUUCAACAGCAGCAGGGGACGUACCGAUAGAGCAACAUCAUCUCGUAUUGAAGCCGCUCGCCGGGGUUCCUCAAAGGAGUGCGUCGACCGUGCAGGAUGCAACGAUUUGGAGGUGAGACUGACAACACAGGGCCUGUUGAUUGCCCCAGGUACGGAUGGAUACAGGGAAAGCAGUCAACUGAUCGACAAUGAUCCCGAGCACGCGGAGGGGGGUGGAUUGAACAGCACAGUGCUGCCAGACUCGUCCUCUGAUAUUGAUUCUGCUCAUGGAAACGAAUGGGAGACUAGAGAUCCCCCUUCAGAUGUUCAACAAGAACAUGACGAAGAGGAAAGCAUGUUUGCAUCGGCGAAUGCGUUUGCUGACGCGCUAGAUCUUGAUCCUUACUACGGGUUUGAUAUCAUGGACUUCAACCGACCCAGUCUGAAGCAAAAGCCCAAACGGACUGGUCGUGGAUUCAAUGCUUACUUGCCCGACAGUGACCUGGAGGCGGAACUCUUGAGUGCAUGGGAAACCGACCGCGCUAAGAAAAAAUCGAGAAAGCAGCAAAGAGAGCAACUUCGCUCUGAAGGGUUGCUUGGUCGACGAAAUGGCGAGCCAGAUCUCAGGGUGAAGUAUGCGAAAGGAAUGGACAGCACCGAACUGAAGAUGGAAAUACGACUUUUUCUGCUGUCAACAAAGCAUAGCUUGGUUCUCCCUCCAAUGGCGAAGCAACAACGAAAGCUAGUGCAUGAACUGGCAAACAUGUUGUGUCUCACUUCGCAGUCACGGGGUAAAGGAACAAAUCGAUUUCCAAUCAUGAACAAGACGUCACGGACUCCGGGCUUUACCCAGCAAACCAUCCCUCAAUUGGAACGAAUACUGUCGAAGGGCAAGUACGUCCAACGAGGCUCCAAAUCUUGGGACCACAAGGCGACAAAACCAGCCAAAGCUCGACGUGGCCGCCCCGACGCAUCGGCAACAUACAUGGAUGGGGAAGUUGUUGGUGCUUCGGCACCUGAAAUUGGCGCAGGAAACCGAGGGAGGGCUAUUCUUGAAAAGAUGGGUUGGAGCAUUGGCACACCCUUGGGGGCUACCAAUAACAAGGGUAUCCUACAGCCGGUGGCGCACGUUGUAAAGAACUCUAGGGCUGGCCUUGGCUAGAUUGACGUCUUAGGAGACGCCUGCAGCAGGCCUCGCUAAUCACGUUGAUCAAAGUUCGUUUUGUAGAAGCAGCUUGCCAGUAGUACUUCAUGAAAUUUUCGAGAUAUAGCUACUGGUGGUUGCCCACAGAAUUUGCAACAAAGGAGGGCUUGAUGCAGUCGAGAUAUCCACGCUAUUUUGCUCAAUGCGACAAAAUCACCUCUUGGUUGCAAGUGCCUGCACCCGGAGCUGAGCAUGGUUAGACUUUCUGAUAUGGGUAAAAAGCUGUGAUCUAGAGGCAAAGUCGACACCACAGGUAGCACAUCGGCGGUCUUGAG